CAACCUCGCUUUGAGCUAACGCUCGUCUAGCCCUUUUUGUCGAUGGCAUGGUGUUAGAAGCUACUGCAGAAAUAUAGCUGUCACGAGAAAUUACGAAUACUUGUCAUUAAUUCGGAUGUCUGAUGGGACAUAGUUGAAUAAGGCGGAUUUCUGAAGUACAUGACAGCAAUUACAUCUUAAACAAUCCAGCAGCAAGCCUCACAUUUUGAGGUUGACAAUUCUGCCCCAAGGUUAGCAAGCUAGCGGGCUAACGAUAGCCGAUUAACGCUAAACUAUUUGAGCUAACGGUAACUCGGUAUUCAGUCAACAGUUACUAAGUAGUGUAUUCGCAGGAGUGAUUAAAAAAACAACCAGAAUAUAGGAAUAGCAUGGCCGAAGCCGACAAGCUGAACAUCGACUCCAUUAUACAACGUCUGCUGGAAGUGAAAGGCUCCAGACCUGGCAAAAAUGUUCAGCUGACAGAAAAUGAAAUCCGUGGUCUCUGCCUCAAAUCCCGGGAGAUCUUCCUCAGUCAGCCAAUUCUGCUCGAACUCGAGGCGCCCCUCAAGAUUUGUGGUGAUGUUCAUGGGCAGUACUACGACCUGCUCAGGCUGUUUGAAUAUGGGGGCUUCCCACCAGAGAGCAACUAUCUCUUUCUGGGGGAUUAUGUAGACCGAGGCAAGCAAUCCCUUGAAACCAUCUGCCUGUUGUUGGCGUACAAGAUCAAAUACCCAGAAAACUUCUUCCUGCUGAGAGGAAACCAUGAGUGCGCCUCCAUUAACAGAAUAUAUGGCUUCUACGAUGAGUGCAAGAGGCGAUACAACAUAAAGCUGUGGAAGACCUUCACUGACUGUUUCAACUGUUUGCCGGUUGCAGCCAUUGUUGAUGAGAAGAUUUUCUGUUGCCAUGGAGGCCUGUCCCCGGACCUCCAGUCUAUGGAGCAGGUGCGGCGGGUCAUGCGCCCCACUGACGUGCCCGACCAGGGGCUGCUGUGCGAUCUGCUGUGGGCCGACCCGGAUAAGGACGUGCUCGGCUGGGGCGAGAACGACCGCGGCGUCUCCUUCACCUUUGGCGCCGACGUGGUCACAAAAUUCCUCCACAAACACGACAUGGAUCUCAUCUGUCGGGCCCAUCAGGUGGUGGAGGACGGAUACGAGUUCUUUGCCAAGAGGCAGCUGGUGACGCUGUUCUCGGCCCCGAACUACUGCGGGGAGUUUGACAACGCCGGGGCCAUGAUGAGUGUGGACGAGACCCUCAUGUGCUCAUUCCAGAUUCUGAAACCGGCGGACAAGAAGCUGUUCUACGGCGGUGGAGGCGGAAUGGGCUCUGGCCGCCCCGUCACUCCCCCCAGGAAAGCUAAGAAAUGACAGCAGUAGUUUGCCCUCGACCUGCGACCCGCCCUUCCUGCCCUCUCUACCUCUCUUCUCCUUUCUUUCACCAAACAGCCAGAAAUGAAACCUAUACCCAGGGCUUUUUUCCUUUUUUAUCUGUACUUCUUAAAACAUUUAAUGUUCUGAAUUGUCUGAGUGAGUGAGUUGCGUGCGCGCAGGUGACAAAUGUGUCUCGUCUGCCGGCGAGCAUUAAAAUCAUGUGUGCACGUGUACAAUUGGUGUGAGAGUAUUAGAGAUUUAUACUUUCCCCUCUCUCUUACCACUCCUCCCGUGAAAAGGCUGAAACCACAGUGUCUGUACAUUUUGAGUGAGAAAGCAGGGUUUGGGGGGCCGUGGGAGAUUGCUGACACGAAUUUAGCGGCGAGCCGCAGCAGGUGGUGUGCGUCUACUCGCGGAGGGAGGGGGGGGCGAGUGUUUUGUUUUCCCUGUCCUGUACUGUAAAAUCUCCAUCACAGGUGUGUGCAUGUGCGCGCGUGCUUGUGGCGUCUCGGCGUCCUGGAACAGGAGCGCGUCCCCUUGUCUCCAGAGAGGCGCACACAAGCACUCGCACACAAACACACACACGCAUAUGAUUCUUCAGAUUCAUAUGAGCCAGAGCUGUAAAAAAAAAACGUACAGUUUAGGUUUGUACAGAUUUGAUUACUUGAAAGAGAUUUUUUGUGAAUUCGUUUUGUAGUCUUUCAUCAAGUUGACCAAUAAAGCGAGAAUCUGAGCUACAA